AUGUCCAACCGGUUAGAGUCCUUGAAUUCGAAAAAGCCAACCAAUUCUCCAACUCCAAAGCCUGGUCUAAAGUUCAAACCCAAGGUGGUGCAAAGAAAGUCAAAGGAGGAAAGAGCCAAGGUUGCACCACAAGUUAAACAAGAACCCCAGCGAAAUGUAUCGACAAGAGGUGGCCGUGGCGGAAGCGCUAGAGGAAGAGGCCGAGGUGGUCGUAAUAACUAUGCAGGAACCCACUUAGUCACAUCAGGUCCUCUAUCUGCUGGUUCUGUUUCCAUUGGAAACCUGAGUGGAUCCAAACUAGGGCUAACAGCGGAUUUGGUCUACAACAGUAAUGGCGAGAGCCAGACAACGCCUGAUUUUAUCAGUAACUUGAAGAUGAAAGGGAGUAGGGCAUCUACCCCUGGUGGAGACUCCGAUGGGGAGGACGAUCCUACAAAAAUAAAUAUGACUGAAGAGUAUAGGUUUGAGGAUGAUGCAACAGAAUUAUUCCCGUUUAGGCCCUUUAGAGACGAUGGUAUCAGACGAGAAGACGUUGUGAAUGAGGAGCAUCCGAUUGAGGUUAAAACUGAAACUAUUGAUUCAAUAGAGAACACACCUGCAGUGGUAUCGUUAACUGAAAGCCGAGAAGCGACCGUAAAAAGUGAAGCCAUCGACGACAAGAUAGAACUGAUCAAGGAGAGUAAAGCCAAGCUUGAAAGUAAAAUUACCCAGAGUGAUCUGAUAGCGACUGACGAGGCAAGCAAAUUAAUCACCGACCAUGAGCAAGUUUUGGACAUCCUAGCCGGCAGCUUCAAAGGCUUGUCAACAAGAGAAAAGGAUGACGAUCAGUACAUCAUUUUCCAAUUACCACAGCAUCUACCUAAAUACACACGUGAACAGAGCAAGGUGAAACAAGAGCCCGGAACCGAUGAUCAAGAUGAAGAAGGAGUCACUAGGUCACUGCUAGGAACCAAUACAUCAACAUUGCGCGGCGAAAUCGGAAAGAUCAACAUUCACCAAUCAGGAAAGAUAUCUAUUGACCUUGGGAAUGGGAUUAGGUUAAACGUAACGAAAGGUGUGUCUACUGACUUUUUACAGGAAUUGACUCUAUUGGAUGUUAAUCAAUCAGGAGAGGAGGACCUUGAAAUGGUGGAUGAAGAGGGUAGAGGCAUAUUGGGGAAGCUCGUACGAUUGGGAGCGGUAUCAGAGAAGAUCAUAGCAACGCCAUGUAUUGAAUAA